AUGGGUUCAGAUCCUCAGUACGCCAAAUGGCCGUUGCUGCCGUUGUCACAGCACGUUUUUACCCUGACAAAUGCAUAUGCUUCGAAACCGGCACAAGAGGCGGCUGUCAAGGCACUGCAAGAUGCAAUCGCCGAGGAUAAGAUGGCUCCUUUCUAUCGGUACUUGGCACACCCUAUUGACGGUAUUCUGAACGCUGUUGGCGAAGGUGGCGCCCUAGGACCCGGAAAGCCGUUAAGCAGGAAGUCUAGCUUGGUCGGCAUGGUUGCCACCAAGGCAUCGACAACAAGUGUUCAUCUGCCGUGGGACGAGGCUUUGUAUUCGAAGCUGAAGGAGGAUAAUGAUAAGGAGUUGGCCGAGUUCCAGAAGGAGGAGGAUGAGGCCGUUGAACAAGCUGGCGAAACAGAGGUCAUGGCUGCCAAGGGCAAAAGGGCUGACUUUUGGGCCAGAGUGGGUGAUAAGGACAAGGCAAUUGCUGCGUUCGAAGACGUUUUCGAAAAGACUGGUAUCCUGGGCACCAAGAUUGACCUGGUUCUGGCCAUAAUACGUAUGGGUCUCUUCUACGGAGACAAAGCGCUGGUCCAGAAACAUAUUGAGCGAGCCACGACUCUCGUUGAAUCCGGCGGUGACUGGGAUCGCCGAAAUCGCCUCAAGGCCUACGAAGGCCUUCACCUCCUCACCGUUCGAUCCUACAACCUUGCCGCACCUCUUCUUCUCGACUCCCUCUCUACCUUUACCAGCUACGAACUCUGCACCUACUCCAACCUUGUUGUCUACUCUGUUCUUGCUGGCUCUGUGUCUCUAAAGCGUGUUGACUUCAAGUCAAAGGUUGUAGACGCACCCGAGAUCAAAGCUAUAAUGGGUGACGGAGAGGACAAGCUGAUGGCGCUGAGCGGUGCUCUGAGUGCCGGCCCUGGCGCAGAUGAUACCACUGGCGACAAGGCACCGCAGGCUGCCUCUACAACAGCCGUCAACCUGACAACCCUGGGAUCAAGUACUGAGCAGUCCGACGCCGAAAUGGCCAUUGACUUUAGCCCUCUGGCGCUCUUGGUCAGCAGCCUGUACAAUGGAAACUACAAGACCUUCUUCCAGUCUCUCGCCUCGGUCGAGGAGCAGUUCCUCAACCAGGACCGUUAUUUGCACGAGCACAAGAGCUGGUUCAUUCGCGAGAUGAGGCUGCGGGCAUACCAACAGCUCCUCCAAAGCUAUAGAGUUGUCGGCUUGGAAAGCAUGGCCAAUGAUUUUGGAGUCACAGUUGACUUUCUCGACCGUGAUCUUGCUCGAUUCAUUGCCGCCGGCCGCAUUCCUUGCACUAUUGACCGCGUCACCGGCAAGGGCGUGAUUGAAACCAAUCGACCAGAUGACAAGAACAAACAGUACCAGGACGUCGUUCGCCAAGGCGAUCAGCUCAUUACAAAGCUGCAGAAGUACGGUCAAGCUGUCAGAUUGAGGGGCAGCGAGAGGGCAUAG